AUAUAAUUUGUUCUCAUAGUAACAGUAUCAUCAAAUUCAUAAAAAAAGAAAUAUGAAUUCCUCCCAACAAGAAGAAAAAGAGGAGGAUCAAUUUGGUCCUUCUGUUGACUCCACUGAUAUGGAGGAGAGAAUAGCAGCACGAAGGUUGAGAAUAAAAAAACGACUAGAGGCUAUUAGACGGGCUGAAAUGGGAGAAGAUCUAGAUGCAAACAAGCAGAUAGAAGAAGAAUUGAGCAGAAGUAGAAAACAAAUGGAAAAAUCUAGAAUUAAACUCACUAAACUAAGAGAAGAUGGUGUUAAAUUAGUCACAAAUAUAAGAGUUGGUGCAGAUGCUAGAGAGCAAUCAAGACGACUAACAGAAGAAGAUUCAAAGAGACAUAGAAAGGAGAGACUUGAUGGUGAAGCCAAAGCAGGUGGAGAAAGAUUCGAAGAAAUUACUAGAAAAUGGGAGAGCGCUCUACAAAAAGAAAUUCCUCAAGAUUUAUAUGAGAUGUUAACUCAACAAAAAAAUGGCUGUGAUGCUCUAAUUGAAGAAAAGAAUAAACUCAUUAACGAUUUCCAAUCUGAAUUGAAGAACAAAGAUAACGAAUACGUUAAAGAUUUAAAGAAAAUGGCUCACGAUAUCGAUCUUAUGCUUAUAAGAAUGGAUGAACAAGUUAAAAAACUAACUGAAAGCUAUAGAAAAGAGCUUAUGGAAAUUGAAAAUGAAUUUGUAUUGGAAAGAAACGAAUUACUUGAAACUCAAGGAGCAAAAUGGGAAUUAACCAUGAAAUGUAGAAGAGAUAAGGAAGAGGAAUACCUGAAAUCGAGAGAAAAGAGAGUUGAAGAUCAUGAGAAACAAUUAAGGCAUAAAAGAAUUGCCGAUGCUGAAGAAUACAACAAAGUAAAAAUUCAAUUAGAGACUGACGUUCAGAACGCUGAACAACAACUUCAACAAUUGAGGGCCACUUACCAACUAAAUCAAGAGAAGCUUGAAUAUAACUUUCAAGUCUUGCGUAAGAGAGAUGAAGAAAACACUAUAACAAAAUCUCAACAGAAAAGAAAAAUCACUAGAUUGCAAGACGUCCUUACGAAUCUUAAAGCAAAAUUAGCUAAGCAGGAAAAGCAAUACAAAGAUGAAAAUGCAAAUUUAACAGACGAUUAUAAAAGAUUAACUGAUCAGUUUAAGGAAUUACAGAAGAAAUCCAGACAUUUUCUUGGAAUUGAUGCUGCAAAGUUUAGGGAUGUUUGGAUAAUGAAUGAAAAUGAGGCUAAAGACUAUCUAAAUAAAGUAUUGGAAUGCGAUAAAUUAAUACACGAACAGCAAUUAGGUAUGGCAUGGCCAGUUUCCGAUAUAGCUUUUACAGAGAAUAUUGGUCCUUUGGCAAGUGAAGAACAGAGAAAAAAAAAUACUAUUACAGCACAUCAAGUUGCUGAAGAAAUUCUUUCAACAAAUCAAUCCCGAGCAUCUGAAGAGUGGGAACGAAAGAAAUCAGCUAUUUUAGAAAAAUUCCCGCCAGUUUUAAUAAAGAAAAUACUCGAAUUAUUAUGUGACGAAUCAGGAUUUUUGAUCGAAGAGAAAUUGAAUAGACUUUUAGAGCCUUUGGAGGCAAAUGAGCGAUGUUUAAUGAAGUUAGACUCCAUAUUUAGCGCACUAAAAGUUGAUACUGCUGAUGAUGUUGAUGUUCUCUCGAAGUAUUUUGUUCAUAUAACUGAACCGAAAGAAGAUCAAAACGAGAACCAAAAUGAAGAGAGAGGAGAGGAAGAAGAACCAGAUGAAGGAGUAGAGGAAGGAGAUAUGGAGGACGAAACUUCUAGCGAAAAUAUGCAAUCUAAAGAUACUCUUAUUCAUCCAAAUUUAGUUUUGAAAGCUCUAAGACAGUUUGUAGAGGAUAAUAGACAGCAAGCAAAAGUGGUUGUAAAAUCGGCUGAAUUUGAAAUAGCUUCUCUAAAAGAAAGAGACGCUAGCGAAGAUCAGAAGUAUUGGAUGUCAUAUCCUGCUGUUUUAACGGAGGAAAAGAAACAAAUCUGGAGCGCUCUAUCUCAAGGCUUAGAGAAAUAUCAUGAUGUCUUGGCUUCGAGAGCUAAUUUAUUAACGGAAACUGACUCGUUACGCCAGCAGAAUGCCGAAUUGAGGAUGCUACUACAUCAAUAUGUUAAUUCCAAGGUUAAUAAAGAACUGGAAAUUCCACCUACAAAAGUACUGCAGUUCGAACUUAACAAUUAAUAAUGGAUUUUGCCUUAUAUUUAUUUUUUUUACAAACAAUCCUUCCCUAGGCCUAGAUCCAGUUAAAGAGACAUUGUUUUCAAACAUA